AUGGCUUCCGGCGGGCGGCCCGCGCCGGAGACGUCCGCCUUGGAGAUAAGAUCCGUCCGGCGUCCAGGUGAGAGUCCGGACGAAAGUCUGGGCGAAACAGUCCUUCGCUGUCUUCUCCCGCCGCCUGCGUGGAAAGUCUCUCUCCCCGCGGCGAUCCGGAGAAGUUUCCCGGAGGCUUGCCUGCGCGGAGCGGUCAGUCUCCCGGAGCCGUCGUGGACCAGACCCAUGCGGAGGGAAAUGCGGCCUCGGCCAGCUGCGCGUCCCGCCCCCGGCGCCGCUCUGGGGCCACCGCCCCCGCCGCCCCCAGUUCCCAGCCGGCCCGGGCUGGUGCGGAGCGACUGGGGAGGCGUCCUGGACGAGCGCCAGCUGGACGCCCACCUGACCCAGGCCCAGGGCCGCGAGGCGCGCCUGUGGCUGGGGGGCCGACUCCAGCAGGUGGAGAUUUGCGAAGCUUUCCAGGAAGUCGUGUUGGGGCUCCUGAGAGUUGAGAACAUCUUUGGCUUCUCCCAGACCACUCUUAACCUGGCUCUCACUAUCUUCAGCCGCCUCAUAGUUUCAGUAAAGAUAAAAAAGUGUUUACUCCAUUGUGUUACAAUUACUUCCUUGAGACUUGCUGCAAAAGUUAAUGAAGAAGAGGAGUUAAUUCCACGCAUAAGAGAAUUCAUAAAGCACUAUGGCUCUGGCUAUUCCCCGAAUGAGCUGCUGAGGAUGGAGCUGGCUAUUUUGGACAAACUUCACUGGGACCUCUACAGUGGGACACCGCUGGACUUCUUGACCAUAUUCCACGCCCUGGUGGUCCUGGGCUGGCCCCACGUGAAGGAGCUGCUGCCUCAGAGGAAUCCUUCCCUCCACGUCGCGUCCCUGACCAGGCAGCUGCAGCACUGUAUGGCGGGCCACCAGCUGCUGCAGUUCAAGGGCUCCACACUGGCCUUGGUCAUCAUCACCUUAGAGUUGGAGAGGCUCAUGCCCGACUGCUGUACUCCUAUAUCUGAUCUGCUAAAGAAAGCACAGGUCGGUAUUAGGCAGUGGAACCACUGCAAAGAACUUGUAAAGCAGCAGCUGACAAGUUUUUAG